AUGCCGGGGUUCGCUGAUUCCUUCUGGUCGAGCGAUUACGCUGCGGGACUUGGUGUCCUGUUUAGCAAGCUUCAACAAGGUGUUUAUGAGAACAGACAGGUUCUGACCAUCGCACGCCUACGCGCCGAAGCUGAGGAGACGUAUGGUCAGCGACUUGGCGAUAUUGCUCCAUCCGCCGACAAGAUCACUGGUGGCUUCAGCCGUGAUGACGGGGCCACCGUUCGCAAGGCCUUUGAUGGCAUGCGAAAUGAGAUGCAAGAUGCUGCUCGCAACCACCGUCGCAUCGCCCAGAGCAUUCGCGACCUCGUUGUCAACCCCUUCUCCCGCUGGUGCGACGCCCACGAAGCUCGUAUCCAGGACUCUCAAGAUGAGCUGCAAGUGCGCAUCAAAGCUCACGACCGUCAGGCUGAGGCAGUCAAGAAGCUCCGAUCCGUGUAUUUCAACAAAUGCCGACUAGUAGAGGACCUCGAAGAGGAAAAUAAGCUUGCCUUCCAGGAUCCUGAAACCAGCCCCAAAGGCAAUCAGAAUAUUCCCGAGAUCAAGGUUCAGCCUCAUAAGGAGGAGGAACCCGAGGAGGAAGAGCUAUAUGAAAUUGGCGACGACACUUACCAGCCCGAGCAAGUGAAGAAGAUCCUUUCCCAAAUGCUUUCCAGCAUCAAGAUGGGCGAGACCAAGGUGCCAAUCCUGGGAACAUAUCUCAACACUUCCUCCGGUUCCGACAUCGUCGAAUAUUUGCAGCGUAGCAUGGGCAACAUCGGCGUGGCUUAUGCCGAGCGAAUUGGUCAAGAUCUUGUUAACAACGGUUUCCUUCGUCUCAUCGGUAAUGUGGGAAGUACAUUUGCCAACAGCUCCAAGAUGUUUUAUCAAUGGCGACCCAAGGCUUUCCAAAUGGCUGGUGUUCCCGAAAAGAAGUCUAUUAACCGCACUUUCUCACUGGCUUCUACCGGUUCUGAGAGCGCUGAUUCUCCGGUUGGAACUGUCAGCGAAUAUCUUGCCAACUGGAAUGUUCUCAACAACUCUCACCCUAACGAGACCCCCAGCCAGCGUCUUAAGCGAGAGGCUUCCGAGGCCGAUGAGAGGUACCGCGAGGGCGUCCGCAAGCUUGACCAGCUUCGAUGCGAGCUUGAGGAGGCUAUUCAUCUCCAUCUCAAGUUCCUCGAGCGUUGCGAGCUUGACCGCCUAAAGGCUGUCAAGACUGUCAUCCUCGACUUCUCGGGCACCAUUGGAAACGUCAUCCCAAGCCUGCAGUCUACUGUAGACCAGAUGAUGCUCUUCCAGGAGACCAUCCAGCCCCAGAGCGAUCUACGUUAUCUUCUCGAGACCUAUCGCACUGGAAGUUUCGUGCCCAAAGUGGUCGUCUAUGAGAAUUAUUAUAAUAAGGUCGAUGAGCAGACAUUCGGUAUCGAUCUGGAGGCGCGUGCCAGGGCUGACAAGAAGCGUGUGCCCAUGAUUGUUACCACCAUCUUGACCUAUUUAGACCACCAUUAUCCUGAUCUUGAAGGUGACGAGGCUCGGCGAGGUGUGUGGUUGCUGGAAGUUCCGCUAUCGCAAUCUCACCGUCUACGCGCCAAGGUUAAUGACGGCAAGCCUGUUUCUCCUGAUGUGUUUGAUGAAUUUGAUAUCCCCACGGUUGCCAGUUUGCUCAAAGUCUAUCUCUUGGAGUUACCUGAUUCUCUGGUCUCCUCGCACGUUUACGAGAUUAUCCGAACUAUUUACUCUACCCCAUCUACUGACGCUGAUGAGUCCUCUCGCAUUGCUGCUCUCCAAUCUACUCUAUCACAGCUCCGUCUCACCAAUAUUGCCACUCUCGAUGCUUGCAUGAAUCACUUCACUCGCUUGAUCGACCUGACUUCUGCCGAUGAAACUUAUGUUGCAUCUCUUGCUAGCACACUUGCACCUUGCAUCCUGAGGCCGCGAACGGAGACCUCACUCACAAUGGAAGAGAAGCAUGCGUACCGACUGGUCCGAGAUCUGUUUGCCCACAAGGAUGCCAUCUUCAGUGCACUGAAGCGUAUGUCUAUGGUUACACACUCCACUUCUGUUGGCAGCAACAACCGCCCCCGAGCUAUUAGUACCGAUGAAAGCAACCGCAAGGCCCUUAUGGAAGAGCGGAAUAGAGCUCUGCUGGAAAAGGCCAACGCAAGUCGCGGUCGUGAUAAGAGCCCUGCGCCCGGCCCCCGUGGUCACCGCCGAGACCGAAGCACUGGUGGACCAGAGACCCGAUUCCCUAUUGCCAGCCCAACAUCGGCUGUCGACCGACACCGCACCAGUCUUGGCGGAGUUAUCAAGAGACAGAGUCUUGAAGUUCCCGAGCCCGAUGGUGCUGCCCCUGUAAAUGGCGAUGCUGAGAAGGAUAGGUCUGAUGCCGACUCGGAGAAGCGUGACAGCCGUGACAGCACAGGACGUACGCCUACCAAGUUUGUUGGUGGCAAGCGAGUUCCUGUUGUACCAUCGACUCCCCCUUCAGAAUCCAACCGCGGCGUGCAGCUUGAAGAUGCUCCGAUGGAGGACUAG